CUUUUUUUCUGCCAGGCCAAAAAAUAUUGGCGGUGAUGCGGUGAGCGAACAUUUCAUUGGUGUUUAGCAACGAAAACACCAUUACCCCGAAACCCGGUCCUCAGCUUCAGAGUGUGAUAUCAUGCCCAAGGCGGCCAAGCAGAAGCGGGGAGGGGCCAGUAAUGGCCCCUACGACCGCAAAGCGUCCAAGGGCAGUUCCUCCAACACCAACAUCUUCCGCUUCGACAAGGACUUUGGCCAGCAUAUCUUAAAGAACCCCGGCAUCAGCGAUGCCAUUGUCGACAAGGCCUACCUCAAGCCCACCGAUGUCGUUGUCGAGGUUGGUCCGGGUACCGGGAAUAUCACGGUCCGGGCCCUCGAUAAGGCAAAGAAGGUCAUCGCGAUCGAACUCGAUCCGAGAAUGGGUGCCGAAGUCACAAAGCGCGUACAAGGCACGCCCCUGGCCAAGAAGCUUGAGGUCAUCCUUGGGGACGUCAUCAAAAUGCCCGAAAUGCCCCCAUGCGACGCCCUCAUUUCCAACACACCAUACCAGAUCAGCAGUCCGCUCAUCUUCAAGAUGCUAGCUAUGCCGAACCCGCCUAGGGUGGCAGUGCUCAUGUUUCAAAGAGAGUUUGCGAAAAGAUUGGUUGCGAAGCCGGGGGAUGCCCUAUACUCGAGGCUGAGCGUCAAUGUGAACUUCUGGGCCUCGUGUAAACACAUCAUGAAAGUCGGAAAGCAGAACUUUAAGCCUCCACCCAAGGUCGAAAGCGAUGUUGUCAGGAUAGAGCCAUUACUGGGGUCAGCGCGGCCAAACAUUGCCUUUGACGAGUUCGACGGUCUACUCCGGAUUGCUUUCAACCGCAAAAACAAGACACUACGCGCCGCCUUCAGUGUAAAAGAAGUGCUCGCAAUGUGUGAACGCAACUACAAAGUCUACUGUUCCCUAAACAACAUCCCCAUCGACGAGUCUAUCGCCACCGCCGACCUCGCAGCAGUCACCGCCACCGACGAUAACAUGGACGUCGACAUGGACGACAACGACAACCAAGACGGCGACGAGGAAGAGGGCACAGGGGGCAUGGAUCAAAACGAAGACGAGGACGAGGAUGAGGACAUGCCCGCCUUCUUCAAGGAGCUCCACGAUGCCGACGCGGCCAAGGAGGCUGCCAAGACACCCAGCAGGAACCCCAAGUCCAAGGUCGCGCUGGUGGUAAAGGCCAAGGUAAAUAAGGUGCUUACCAGCACCGCCUUGGGGGAGAAGCGGGCUCGGCAGUGCGAUCAGAAUGACUUUUUGAAGAUGUUGCUUGCUUUCCACGAAGAAGGGAUUCAUUUCUCGUGAGGUGGUAGGUAUAUCAUGGGUCAUGUUGGAGUUGCUGGCGUUCGGAGCUGGAAAAUGUUAUGGGUUGAUAUGUAGACAUGGAUUCGAUACUAUGGUGAGGAGCACGAAGACAUAUAUACCCCCAUCAGGGGUGUUCAAGCACGACGAGACAAACGAAGCCGGC